AUGGCCGAAAACACUGCUGCCGCCAAUGCUGUUCAUGAUGACCAUGAUGAAGAUUUCACAACCGGUGAUGCUGGAGCUUCAGCAACAUAUCCGCAACAAUGUUCAGCUUUACGUAAAAACGGCCAUGUUAUGUUAAAGAAUCGCCCAUGCAAAAUCAUGGAAAUGUCAACAUCCAAAACAGGCAAACAUGGUCACGCUAAAAUUCAUAUGGUCGGUAUUGAUAUUUUCACAGGAAAGAAAUACGAGGAUAUCUGUCCUUCAACGCACAACAUGAACGUUCCAAAUGUUAAGCGUGUUGAAUAUUCAUUGAUUGAUAUCGACAAUGAAGGUUACGUUUCGUUGAUGGAUGAUAGCUCAGAUACACGUAGUGAUAUCAAACUUCCUGAAGGUGACUUAGGCCAAGAAAUUCGAACUAAAUUCGAUCAGGGUGAUCAAUUGAAAAUUACGGUUCUUCAAGCACUCGGUGAAGAAGCUAUCAUAACAUACAAACAAGAACAAGAAUCAAGAAAAUAA